AGUCGUUAAAAGUUAAAACCGUCAGUUGUGUUGUGGACGCGAAUACGCGAACAUAGACGAUUAAUGUAAACGGUGAAUUGUUUUUUAUUUUCGAUAUUUAAAUAAGUGGUAAUUGAUACAGAUAGUGUGUGCUUACUUUAUUUAAAAAAACAUAUUUAAAAGUGUUACUUCAUUUCAUCGCUAAAGGAGAUUCGUUCGCGCUGUCAACAUGAACGCGUUGUGUGUUGUUUUUCUCAUUUUGUCCGUCACCUUAGUCCUGGUGUCCAACGCGAAUGUACCAGUAAGGUCUGAUGCCGAGUGCCCUCUAGAGGACAACCCAAAAACUAUAGAUGGGAAAGUCGUACACAACGUUACUCGGACGACUGCGUGUGUGAACGGCAGGCGGAUGGCAGGCUGCUGCGUGACGCGAGGCUCCUGCAACUUCAGCACCGACCACAUAGACCUCACCCUGUAUGGACCUCCUGGAUUCCGGAUGAUUUGCCAUGAUGUAUGCUGUCCCAUGAAGUAUAUUCUACCAAUAACAAUAUCGAAUUCUACGGAUUCCGACAGCGAAGACAACGAUUUAGAUAGUGAUAGUAAUGAAAGUGAUUAAAAUUUUUAAAAAUAUAAAAAAUGUACUUUAGGCUAAAAUUAUUUUAGCAAAAAUGAUCUCUAAUUUGCACUUAGGUAGCCAGCUACUUACUUAUCUACCUACAAAUCAAUAUUUUCCGAGUCUGUGAUCAUAAUAAAACAAUGCAUGAAUUUAAAAACAAUGACAAUGAAACACAACUUCAAAACUUUUGACACAGAGUAGCUAUUCAAAAAGCACCAUGCAAAACUAGAUGAUAGUUUUAUGUACCAACAUAAUAACAUUAAUAUUUGUUAUUGCAGUAAAAAUCAAUCAAAACACAACACAAAUGUUACAAAAAACAUAC